AUGUUUGACCAGAAGAUCCCAAGCUCAGCUAAUAUGGAUGAUGAGAAUCAAGCUUACCAGCCUCCAGCAAUUACUCCAUACUUGUCUACUCCACAAUACUGCCUGCAGCCAGUGCCCACUAUGACACAUCCACAAGCUAUUUCUCACAUUGUCACUCCGUGUCAACCUACAGUGAUCUAUCACCUGAUUGCAAUUGUGUUUUUGGGGCUCGUGGCUGGAUGCUGCUUAAUUCACAUCAGUAUGAACGCUACGAAAGAUGUGGAUCAUUUUUGCCCACAUUCUGAAUGUCACCUCUUCAAGUACAAAAGGCUCUAA